CUCAUGUGGGUUUUGAGCGCUGAGCUCCACUACUUCACUCACCCCGAGAUCAUCCCUGGUGGUUACGCCAUCCUCUCGCAUGUAUGGGGCGUAAAGGAGCAGACGUUCCAGGACACCCAGAAGCUGCGCAGCACAUGUUCCUGGUUCUGGCAGAACCCGCGGGACUACUCUUCUGAGAACGUCCGCACAAGCUGCAUUGUCGCGCAGCGCGACGGCCACCGGUGGAUCUGGAACGACACAUGCUGCAUCGACAAGAGCAGCUCGGCGGAGCUGUCAGAGGCAAUCAAUUCCAUGUAUCACUACUACACCCUUGCGGACGUCUGCUACGCCUAUCUGGCGGACGUCCCUAGUACGCCCACCGACAUGGGUGCAGACAUGGACUUCAGGCGCAGCAGCUGGCACACCCGCGGCUGGACGCUGCAGGAGCUUAUCGCCCCCCCUUUCCUCAUAUUCCUCUUCGCAGAUUGGACAAGGCUUGGCACAAGGGUCGAUAACGCACAACUUCUAACUCGUAUCACGCACAUUCCUGUCGAGGCGCUCUUGAGAGAGAAGGAGGUGCAGGCUCUUAGCGUCGCUCAGCGUAUGUCUUGGGCCUUCGGGCGCAGGACAACGCGGGUGGAGGACCGUGCCUAUUCUCUCCUUGGAAUGUUCUCCAUCAACAUGAACCCAGUCUACGGGGAAGGAGAGCGUGCAUUUCAGCGGCUGCAAGAGGAGAUUAUGAAGCAGUCGAUUGACCCAUCUUUGUUCGCAUGGGGCGCGUCUGUGGAACCAGAUUACCCAGCGCCUGAACGAUGGAAGUCGCUCGAUAAUCACAACUCAAAGCAUAUCCACCCCCAAAGCUAUCUCCUUACGCCUACACCCGAUAUUUCCAGCCCGGGAUUCAGCGGUUCCAUGAUAUUCAAUCAGAACAUUUCGGAGGUAACUCACGCUGGGGAGACCCAGUGCUGCUCAACAGAUCCCAAGUCUGACCCUAACAUCCGCAGUAUCCCCACCUUCACGAUCACUCCAUAUAGUUGUCUUGCUCGCAUCGCAUGCUUCAGGACUGGGGAUUGCCUUCUAGCUAGCCUUGGCUGUCAAUGGUGGAAUGGCGUGUUGUCAACUGACGACAGUUGGCCUGUGCCCGUGUGGCUUCCCCUGACUCCCUGUCCAGAUGCCCAAGACAAGUCACGGCCUCUCUAUCACACUGGCUUCUUCCACCCUCGUGUGGUUGCUUUCCAUCUGCACAAGAAUCAGCUCGAGGCGCACAAGCUAGAGUGGCAAGAGAUCUACAUCGCCCUUUGGCACACCACUCCGAAGCCUACAUCCCCCUCGAUCCCGAUCGAUGCGGAGUACCACUCCGAUGCUCGCUUUCGUUUCCCAUGGGAGGCCAUCCAGAAGGCCUUCCCCGGAUGGAUAGCGAAGUAGUCGAACGUUGGGGAGUCGUCUAUACGCCACCUCAAGCUCCUCUCAACGCGGUGCUACUGUUG